UUCCUACCUCAGCUGCUGCUCGUCGUCCGUCACGUUUUAUUUCGUUGAGUUUCGCACUUUUGGCAGAUUCAAGAUUCUAAAACAUCAAUUUCCACGAAGUAUGGAGAUCGCCGCGUUGAUCGCGCCUCCUCCUUCUUUACGCGACAACGUCAUCAUCGACCGAUACGAGUUCACUUGGACCGUGGAUAAGCGCACUUUGAUGACCGCGAGUGAACAGUCGGACUUGGCGACAUGCCAACUUUUCUUCCGCGCAGGGCGUAAUCGGACAAUAAACAAAAUGUCAAAAUGGCGGAUAUUUUUCAAUGUGAAUCCCACUCGGCCCAAUUUUGGUCAAGGGAGGGUGAAUCUGUGCUUCGCAUUGGUCCAGCACGACGGAUCUCCUCUGGGUCUGGCCGGCGUCGAGGUGUCCCUUCAGGCGAAGAAUUACGACAAGGGCUGGGAGUGGAGAUUCCCGAGAUUCCGAUUCACCGCUGCGUGUAAAGACAAUCCAGUCAUUGGCACUUUCCAACGCUAUUUAAAACAAGCACCGGGCUCCUACUCGACCGCGACCCGGCUCUCGUCCAGCGCACUUCCGGCGGAUUAUGUUAUUUACCAAAUCCCCGACCGAUCCAUCACCGUGAAACUGGUGUUCACGUUGUAUGAUCCGUUGAAAUUCGUCACUCCGGGCGUGGCAAGUUGGAAGUCGUCCCACAAGACGGAAAGUCUCGCCAUGUUGGAGGGUGAAAUUGGUACGGAUGUCAGGUUUCGGACGAAGGAGGGCACCAUCGUGAAGGCGCACAGGGUCAUGUUGUCCGGCCACAGCGCCGUCUUCAAGGCCAUCUGCGCCGUCAAGAUCCAGCCCAACGAGGUCGAAGUGAUCCAGGCGGACGACAUGGGGGCUGUCGGGCUGAAGAUCUUUUUGAAAUAUGUUUACACCGGCGAACUGGACAGGAUGUGGUGGCAGCAUUUUGAGGAGAUUGUCAAUGCAGCAUUUAAAUACGAUGUCCCGUCACUCCAAGAAUUGUGUGACGAGCUGCUCCCAACGUUGUGCCGGCUGGACAAUUGCGUCGCCCUGUAUCAAUUGGCCGACCAGUUUGGCAUGUCCGGUGCGAGGAAGAGGAUCAAGCAGUUCAUGAAAAGUAAGAAUAUCAGCCUGACGGGAGAACCUCGUGAAGAAGUGGGGAAGAAGUGCGUUAUUCAAUAACUUGUCGACGUUUGAGCUUUAAUUGUAAUUAUUAUUUUUCUGUUAUUUGAAAAAAAAUAUUUUAUAGAUUUAUAGAUUUAUUUGUUAAUUUAUUACUGGUGAUGACUUUCUGGUGAUGUUGAUGACACUUUAAUUUUUUUGUUAUGUUUAACCUAGAAAUUUAGUAAUAGUAAAAUUUAUGGGAUUUUUUGGUGGUGGGUUGGUAAAAAGGUGCUAAUUAUUAAUUAACGGGUCAAGAAUUGACAAACUAACUGUAAAAUUUAUUUUAUUUUUAAAAUUUUCAUAUGACAGGAGAUUACUUUUGAAAGCCUAGAUUACCUUAGACUUAAUUUGGUUACUAUUUUUAUAGUUGGAAUUAGAAAUAUUAAAAGUAUUGACAAUCUAAAUUAAGAUUAAUUAAAAUUUGUGGAUUUUUCAUGUAGAUUUUUUUUCUACUCGUUGACGAACUGGUUCAAGUUGGAAAUUUGAAAUAAAAUAAAAUUCUUACCAAAAACCGUUCCGGAUUUGGUCUACACUUA